ACGAUGGUCAUUUUCUAUAUUGUUUACGACUCUGAAGUUGUCAUACCGUGCGAGUGUGUGUGUGUUCUCAUGGACAAGUUCAGACAGACGUGAAGGUGUGGCGGCAGUCAUGAGGAGGAGGUCUGUUCCAAUCUCAAGUGUCACCGGAAAAUACAACUUUGCGGAACUUUUCUUCGCGUUUGCCCUCGCUGCGCGGUUCUCCUCGGGGAACAUCUGCCGGCAUCUUUCCGAAGGAGGAGAGUCUAGUGUGCCUGAGCUCCACGCUGACGGCAGCCGCUGCUUGCAUUGAAACAGCCUUCGGCGACACACAAGUCACUUGGUUGGACUCUGAACCUUCAAUUCACACACUUGUGGAGCCCUGAGAGCAACUGGAACCUGAAAUAUCUUGAAUGGAAAUAGCCUAAAGCACCCGGACGAAGAGCCCCUUCCUCUCACAAUCCCUUCCCAGUCAUCUGGUGUGUGGCCACCAUGCGUAGAUUCAGCUCCGAGGGAUCCCUCCUGGAUCUGGACUUCUUUUCUUGGAGAAAGGUGGCUCCGAAGAGGCCGGGCUGUGAUACCCAGAAGGAAUCGGGCACAUACACGCCUUACGUUGCGGAGGAUGAGGCAGAAGGGAGGCCUGCCAAGCAGCCUCCUAUAAUCCAGGAGCCCAGCCCUUGUGAACCCGUGAAGAAGCCGCUGAUGAAGGAGCAGAGUGUCAGCGUGGAGAACCUGAGAGAGCUGGGGAAACAGGAGAAGAGCUAUCUGGAAGUGUGCAGCAUCAGUGAAGGCUACAGGGCCUACAGUGACAGCCAGUUGGCCCCGGCGGCCAAGGGAAGCACGGAGAGCGUGGACCUGCCUCCUUUAUCUCCCUCAUCUCCCUCAUCUUCCUCCAAUCAGUUCUUCAAAUCCCAGCACCGGCAUCAGCACCGAGCCAAACUGUCAGCUGCUAAACUGCACUUCAAGAGCCUGUUUGUCCAGAGUCCCCAUUCGUCCAACUCCAACCUGGCAAUCACGGAACACAAAGACAGCGCCAAAGAGAGGAGGUCACGUCUGCAAUUCAUGCGUCAGUGGAGCCAGGUGGGCCUGGGCAAGAAGCGCACCUUAAGUCGACAGGAAUUGGAAAAAUGGGCCGAGUCCCUUGACUCCCUGCUGGCCAGUCAGAAUGGGGUUUCAGUGUUCGGAGCGUUCCUCCGCACCGAGUUCAGUGAGGAGAAUCUGCAGUUUUAUCUGGCGUGUGAGCAGUACCGACGCUCAUCCAACAACUUCAGUCUGCAAAAGAGGGCGAAGGACAUCUGCACAACCUACAUCCAACCUGGUUCCCCUCGGGAGGUGAACCUGGACAGCAAAACCAGAGAACUGACCAUCCAGCUGCUGCAGGCUCCCUCACACAAGUCUCUGUCCCACGCACAGCGACGCAUUUACUCGCUCCUGGACUUGGACUGCUAUCCCCGCUUCCUCCAGUCCAGCAUCUACCUCGCGUUGCUGCGGGAGGCGGACUAGCAGCCGCACGCUGACGGCACACAGACUUGUGAACGCAUUCAGGAAGCAAAUCAUGCACAGUAUCAUGCUAAGUACGAAGGAGUGGCAAGGCCUGAAUCAAGCGCUCAACCAAUGAAUGCUAAUAUUCCCACACAAGCGCAAUAAUGAACGCAAUCAUGUUAGGUCUUCCAUGUAGAAAUCAGCUAACGUGUGAGCGCUGAAGAUCAUGGCCAGUUUAAAAACUGAGGACUUAACAUUUUGACAAAUGAGUGUGUAAUUUUAUCUGCAAUAAUAAAGUACCUUCUACUGCCACUGUUAUCAACACAUCCAUCAG